AUGACUCAUCCUGGUUUAUCCAUCAUCAAGUUACCAACUACAGAUCUUGUAUCAGGUAACAACUCGACAGAAAGUGCGGGAGAAAAAGUCGCUCAGCGUGUCGUGUUAUUUCCAAAACAAAGUAACUCAGGAAGCCAACUUAUUUGGCGUGGCGCUUGUUUGCAAAGUAUUUUGAGUGAUGUGCCAAGUCAAAAUACUCAGUCCAGUGUUGGACAGCUAGGUAACAACUUUGGAGAAACCUUACAAAGAAAGAUAGUCAACAUAAACCCGUUUGAAGAUAAACCUUUAUCUUUGUCAUUGACGUCGGUUUGGAAUCAAAAUCAACAAGAUGCUACUAGCGAUGGGAUUUGUCCCCUGAAUUCAAAAAACAAAAACUUGAAGAGACCUAGGAAUGAAUCCAAUCCUAAUAAUCCUGAGGGUAACAGUGAUUCAUCUGAAGAAAAAUCACCUACAAAAGUCCGAGCAACCAAACCUCGCAUUCGGUCACAAACGAAACGUUCAGGGCGGCGAAAUGCUCCAAAACCUGUACAACAACCCCUUCUUCUAACCUUGCGACCUUUUCAUUCACCUGGAAACUUAUUACUUCCUGCAUUUGAUCUAAUGUCUAAGUUUGAUGGUUUAGUUUCAUUUGAAAAUGACAAAUUAGUAACAAAUAAUACUUCGAGUAGUUUAUCAACUAUCAAUGAAGAAAAUAUUGAAAUAUCCAUUUAA